AUGGCGGCGGCGCUGGGGCGGGCGGCGGCGCGGGAGCUGCUCCGCGGCUGGGGGCGGCCUGCGCAGUAUCCCCCGCCCUCGCCUGCCCGGCUUUUGCAGGGGGCGCGCCUGGCGACCGGCGGCUCCGACGGGGAGGUGGAGAAGGCGCGCCGGGCGGCGGAGGCACAGCCGGGGCAGACCGUCUUCAGCAAGAUUCUGGACGGCUCCAUCGCGGCCGAAGUCCUAUACCAGGAUGACAAGUGCAUGGCCUUCCGCGACGUGGCCCCCAAAGCGCCGGUGCAUUUCCUUGUGAUCCCCAGGCAGCCCAUUCCUCGCAUCAGCCGGGUGGCGGAGAGCGAUGCCCAGCUCCUGGGGCAUUUGCUGGUGGUAGCCAGCCAGACAGCAAGGGCACAGGGCCUGUCCGAAGGCUACCGUGUAGUGAUCAACGAUGGGAAGCACGGGGCCCAGUCCAUCUACCACCUGCAUCUCCAUGUCUUGGGUGGCCGUCAAAUGGGCUGGCCGCCAGGCUGAGCUUCUAGCCUCCAGCGUGACCAUGGGUGGGCGGG